AUGCGCGGAUGGCAAUUCAACUCCGGACCCGGACCAAUGGAGAAAAAUCUUACAAUCCCAUCUUCUGGCAUCCCAGUUCCAUCCAUCAAGAAAGACGAAGUUCUCGUGGAGAGCCAUGCGACAGCCCUCAACCCAAUCGACUACAAGAUUCUUGAACUUCCCAUCGUAGCGCGCUUGGUCUUCUCCGGUAUCACUCCAGGCCUAGACGUCUAUGGCCGCGUUGCAAAAGUCGGUAGCAGUGUCACAAGCUUCAAGGAAGGCGAUAUAGUUUACGGAGGCCUUGCCCCGGGAGGCAAACAUGGCGCACUGGCAGAGUACCUCCCUGUACCACAGAAUCUGUUAGCAAAAGUACCGCAGGGUCUGAAGGGCGACGACAUCGUAUCCAUUGCGAGUGUGGCCAUGACAGUAUACGCCGCGCUGGAACCCUAUGCUAAACCCGGCAAUAAAGUCUUCAUAAACGGCGGUUCCGGAGGUACUGGUACAAAUGCGAUACAACUCGCAAAGAUACUCGGUUACCAUGUCACUGUCUCUUCUUCCACGAAGAAUAUUGAUUUAGUCAAGAGCUUGGGAGCAGAUGAGGUGAUAGAUUACACGAAAGGCCCAAUCGUCCAACAACUAAAGGACAACGGCACGAUUUUCGACUUGGUUGUUGAUAACGUCGGAGCACCAGCAGACUUAUAUCGGGUGUCGAGCGCGUUCCUACGACCAGAGGGCAAGUUCAUCCAAGUAGGUAUCGGUAUGAACUUCAGUGCCGCAGUGCAAUUUAUCAGCAACAAAUUGUCUAGUUUCCUCAGCUGGGGGAAGAGGGAGUACAUCUUCGUCGCCGGCAAUCCGAGCACUGCAACGUUUGAGCAGCUUGCGGCAUAUAUGGAGCAAGGCAAGCUCCGUGCAAUUAUCGACUCGACUUGGGAGUUCUCCGAACUACCGAAAGCUUAUGAGAAGCUGAAGACUGGGAGGGCGAAGGGCAAAGUUGUUGUGCAUGUCAAAGAUUAUUGA